CAACGAGUCCGCCGAGCAGCCAGCACCACUCGCAGUCGUUUGUGAGCGUUCGCAGCGCCAGCAAAGUGUUAAACGAACAAGCCAACAACAAACCAAAUACAAGUUAACCAGAAACAGAGAAUCUGAAAACGAAAUCCAAAGCUAAAUUGCAACCCAGACGAGCCGCAAAAAGCAGCGGUAAGUUCAGAGAUUCCCGUCUGAGAUUCGCUGAGAAGCAGAGCAGACAGGAGCCGAGUUUGGAGAGACAGGACACAAAGGAGUCGGAGUCAGAGUCACAGCCAAGGACAAGGAUCUCAAAAGGAGUGCGAACAAUGUGCGCCGCGCUGCGUCGUAAUUUGUUGCUGCGGAGCCUCUGGGUCGUCCUGGCCAUUGGCACCGCUCAGGUUCAGGCCGCCUCGCCACGAUGGGAGCCCCAGAUAGCCGUUCUCUGCGAGGCCGGACAAAUCUAUCAACCGCAAUAUCUUUCCGAGGAGGGACGCUGGAUGACGGACCUCAGCAAGAAGACAACCGGCGCCACAUGUUUGCGUGAUAAAAUGGAUUUGCUUGAUUACUGCAAGAAGGCCUAUCCCAAUCGAGACAUUACGAACAUUGUCGAGUCAUCCCACUACCAGAAGAUCGGCGGCUGGUGUCGUCAGGGUGCUCUAAAUGCGGCCAAGUGCAAGGGCUCCCACCGCUGGAUCAAGCCAUUCCGCUGUCUCGAAGGACCAUUCCAAUCGGACGCCCUGCUGGUUCCCGAGGGCUGCCUCUUCGAUCACAUCCACAACGCCUCACGCUGCUGGCCCUUCGUGAGGUGGAACCAAACCGGAGCGGCCGCUUGCCAGGAGCGCGGAAUGCAGAUGCGCAGCUUCGCCAUGCUCCUGCCCUGCGGCAUCUCGGUCUUCUCCGGCGUGGAGUUCGUCUGCUGUCCCAAGCACUUCAAGACUGAUGAAAUCCAUGUGAAAAAGACCGACCUGCCGGUGAUGCCACCAGCCCAGAUCACCAGUGCCAACGACGAACUGAUGGUGAAUGACGAGGACGAUAGCAAUGACUCGAAUUACUCAAAGGAUGCCAAUGACGACGAGCUGGACGAUGAGGAUGAUCUGAUGGGCGAUGAUGAGGAGGACGAGAUGGUGGCGGAUGAGGCAGCUGCCGGGGGAGGAAGUCCCAGCACCGGAUCGACUGGCGAUGCAAAUAGCGGAUCUCUGGAUGAUAUAAAUGCGGAAUACGAUAGCGGCGAGGAGGGUGACAACUACGAGGAGGAUGGAGCUGGUUCCGAGGGCGAAGCCGAGGGUGAGACCUCCUGGGAUCAGAGCGGAGGAUCUAAGGUGGUGACCCUAAAGAGUGGUGCCUCCGCCUCGGUGCCGUCUAGUGGUCCGGUUUCAGUUUCUGCCUCAUCUGAAAAGACGCCCGCAAAAUCCUCUGAUUUGGUCACGAGCACUCCUCAGCUUUCCGCCGCCGCCGCCGCAGCCGCCGCAGCUGCUGCAGCAUCUGUGAACUCUGGAAACUCGGGAGUAGGAUCUUCUAACGGAGGAGGAGGAGCCCCACCAUCCACCGCACAGCCCACCUCGGACCCAUACUUCACCCACUUUGAUCCGCACUAUGAGCACCAGAGCUACAAAGUAAGUCAGAAAGAAGCCCAACAGCGCCUUGAGGAAUCGCAUCGCGAGAAGGUCACGCGCGUGAUGAAGGACUGGUCGGAUCUGGAGGAGAAGUACCAGGAUAUGCGCUUGGCGGACCCCAAGGCAGCCCAAUCCUUUAAGCAGCGGAUGACGGCUCGCUUCCAGACUUCUGUUCAGGCACUCGAGGAAGAAGGCAACGCCGAGAAGCACCAGCUGGCCGCCAUGCACCAGCAGCGCGUUUUGGCCCACAUCAACCAGCGGAAGCGGGAGGCCAUGACCUGCUACACCCAGGCCCUCACCGAACAGCCCCCGAACGCCCACCAUGUUGAGAAGUGCCUGCAAAAGUUGCUGCGCGCCCUGCACAAGGACCGUGCCCAUGCUCUGGCCCACUACCGCCACCUGUUGAACUCUGGAGGACCCGGUGGCCUGGAGGCGGCUGCCUCGGAGCGACCACGCACUCUGGAGCGCCUGAUCGACAUCGAUCGUGCUGUCAAUCAGUCGAUGACCAUGCUCAAGCGCUACCCGGAGCUAUCGGCCAAGAUUGCCCAGCUGAUGAACGAUUAUAUUUUGGCAUUGCGCAGCAAGGACGACAUUCCCGGCUCGUCGCUGGGCAUGAGCGAGGAGGCGGAGGCCGGCAUUCUGGACAAGUACCGCAUCGAGAUCGAGCGCAAGGUGGCCGAGAAGGAGCGACUCCGGCUGGCCGAAAAGCAGCGCAAGGAGCAGCGGGCCGCCGAGCGGGAGAAAUUGCGCGAGGAGAAGCUGCGUAUGGAGGCCAAGAAGGUGGACGACAUGCUCAAGUCGCAGGCGGCCGAACAGCAGCAGCAAUCGCAGCAGCAGCAGCAGCAGUCCAAUGCCCAGUCGUCGACCCAAUCGCAGGCGCAACAGCAGCAGCAGGAGAAGAGCCUCAGCAGCAAGGAGCUGGGUCUCGAUGGCGGAUUGGUCACAGCGGCCAAUCUUAACUUGGACACCACCAAGAGCGAGAAGGAGCUGUCGGAUACCGAGUACGCCGAGGCAACAGUAAGCAGCACCAAGGUGCAGACCGUGCUGCCAACGGUCGACGAUGAUGCCGUCCAGCGGGCGGUGGAGGAUGUGGCCGCUGCCGUUGCUCACCAGGAGGCCGAGCCGCAGGUGCAGCACUUCAUGACCCACGAUCUGGGCCACCGCGAAUCGGUAUUUGAGCUGCGGCGCCAACUCGUACCGCAUUUGCCUAAAGCCUAUCCCCUCUCUCUCUCUCCCCUCUCGUUGCAGAGCUUCUCGCUGCGUCGCGAGUUCGCGCAGCAUGCGCACGCGGCCAAGGAGGGCCGCAAUGUCUACUUCACGCUCUCCUUCGCCGGCAUCGCCCUCAUGGCGGCCGUCUUUGUGGGCGUGGCCGUGGCCAAAUGGCGGACAUCGCGCUCGCCGCACGCCCAGGGCUUCAUUGAGGUCGAUCAGAACGUGACCACACACCAUCCCAUCGUCCAGGAGGAGAAGAUCGUGCCCAACAUGCAGAUCAAUGGGUACGAGAAUCCGACCUACAAAUAUUUCGAAGUGAAAGAGUAAGCGGGACGGCAAGAGGAGCGCGGCUGGCUAGAGCGAGAGCGAGAACGAGAACGCCGAGCGAGCGAGAGGCACACAUCAACAGCAAAAGCAGAAGAAACAGCAGCAGCAGCAACCACAAUUUCAAAAUGAAGAAACUUAAGCAUAAUAUUAAAAAGCAGAUGGGAAGAGAAAUGAUUUUUUUUUUCGUCAAAAAAGGAGCGCAGUUCCAAUAAGGAGAAACGAGGGGUAGAAGAAGAAAGAUAAAUUCAAUGAAUGGUAAUAUAUCUAUAUAUUAAAUUAAAGCAAGCAAGCAGAAAGGCAAGAAUAUAAAGCAAGCAAUUAAAUUUAAGUAUUUGAAUGUUUAACAAAAUGCAGUAAACAUCCUUUCUAGCUCUCUAUCUCUCUCUCUCUCUCGGUCUUACUCAACCACUCUGUCCCUUUCCCACACACACACAUAACUCAUUACAUUCCCACUUUGUGGUUCUUGUUGGGCGCCAAAUAAAAAGAGAGCAAAAGAACUAAUAGCCAAAGAGGCAAGCGAAAAUCCGUGCAAAGGAAAGUCGGAUAAAAAGAUUGAAAGUAAAAGCAUAAAGCCAAGGACAAGAAUCACACACACCCACACACAAAAGGAAAGGAGGAGCAGGCGGAGGAGGUGGAGAAAGAAAAGAGAGCAGAAGAAAAGCAAAUGCAAAACAAAAGAUAUUCCUAGUAAAUAAAUUGUCAGCACACAGACACACAUUCACAUACACCGACUCACUCAUAGAUACAGGAACAGUCACACACACACACACACAACCACACACGCAUUCAUGGCUGCUUCGUAGCAUACUUUUGAGCGUUUCGUGGCGUUGAAAUGCUUGCAAGCCGAUCGCAAUUCUUACCGACAAAAAAACUUACGCCAUUAAUUAGAGCCGCGCUAAAAGCUAAAAGAAGAUGAAAGCUGAAACACAGAUACACACACUCACAC